UGAAACAUAUUUUCGUGUGUCGAGAAUUGAGAUAGGAAGGAUUCAGUGACACCGAAAUUAAAGAAAGAAAGAAAGUGGCUGUUGAACUGUAAGAAAGAAGCUGAAGCAAUGCGAAGACUGGGGCUUCAUCAACGGCAGCAUGCGAAGCCAGCCGGAGGUGGAGGAGGAGGGGUGAAGGGCAUGAUUGGGAGGCUAUUGAUCGCGGUUGUGGUUGUCUUGAUCUGCACCAUUUCUUUUAUUGUUACAUCGACGAGCAAUGGCGGCGCUCGAUCUGGCUCUCGCUCAAAGAUGAGUUUAGAUGAACUUUGGAGAAGUGCUGAUUCUGUUGGUUGGAGACCAUCAUCAGCUCCACGGUCUGAUUGGCCCCCUCCACCAAGCGAGACUAACGGCUACCUACGUGUGCGCUGUAAUGGUGGUCUCAAUCAACAACGCACUGCGAUCUGUAAUGCAGUUCUUGCAGCAAGAAUCAUGAAUGCUACACUUGUCCUGCCUGAAUUGGAUGCAAACUCUUUUUGGCAUGAUGAUAGUGGUUUCCGUGGUAUCUAUGAUGUUGAGCAUUUUAUGAAGUCAUUGAGGUAUGAUGUAAAAAUUGUGGAAAAAAUACCAGAAAUUCGCAAAAAUGGGAAGACCAAGAAGAUAAAAGCUGUACAGCUUCGUCCCCCUAGAGAUGCUCCUAUCAGUUGGUAUACUACAGACGCUCUUGUGAAAAUGAAGGAGCAUGGUGCUAUUUAUCUUACUCCAUUUUCACAUCGUUUGGCAGAAGAAAUUGACAACCCUGAGUAUCAACGGUUGAGGUGUAGAGUUAACUAUCAUGCUUUGAGGUUUAAGACAAAUAUUAUGAAGUUAAGUCAAUCAAUAGUAGAUAAGCUUCGCGCACAAGGUCACUUCAUGUCCAUACAUCUUCGUUUUGAGAUGGAUAUGCUGGCAUUUGCUGGGUGCUUUGAUAUUUUCAACUCCAAAGAGCAGGAGAUUUUGAAGAAGUAUCGAAAAGAAAAUUUUGCACCAAAGAAGCUUGUCUACAAGGAAAGAAGAGCCAUUGGAAAAUGCCCAUUAACUCCAGAAGAGGUCGGUCUUAUUUUACGUGCAAUGGGGUUUAACAAUUCUACCAGGAUAUACUUAGCUGCUGGUGACCUAUUUGGUGGGGAGAGAUUCAUGAAACCUUUUCGGGCUUUGUUCCCUCACCUUGAGAACCACAGUUCUGUAGAUCCCUCAGACGAGCUAGCAGAAAACACCCAGGGGUUGUCAGGGUCUGCAGUGGACUACAUGGUUUGUCUCCUCUCUGAUAUUUUUAUGCCUACAUAUGAUGGCCCUAGCAACUUUGCAAACAAUCUCCUUGGUCACCGCCUUUAUUAUGGCUUCCGAACCACAAUUAGACCUGACAGGAAAGCACUUGCCCCAAUCUUCAUUGAUCGAGAGAAGGGACGGACAGCAGGUUUUGAAGAAGCUGUUAGGCAAGCCAUGUUCAAGACCAACCUUGGCGGGCCCCACAAGCGGAUCCCACCUGAGUCUUUCUAUACAAAUUCUUGGCCAGAAUGUUUCUGCCAAACAUCUCCACAGAAUCCGGCACAUAAAUGUCCACCAGAUAAUGUGUUGGAAAUUCUUGACAGCAGUUGAGUGAAGCCAAGCCACUGAUGGCCUGGAAUCCUUGCCUCGAUCAAAUUCGACAAUAUCUGUGACCGAAAAAUGAGAAAGUAGUGUCAGGAUUUUUAGCAGGUGAUUGUUCCACCACCAUACUGAUGAAUCCCUAUAUGCCAUAAUGUAUAAGGGAUGGUUUUCCGUACUCAUAUUCUGCCUUUCAGGAAAUUUAUGGACAUUUCAUGUUCCUCUUGAUCAUAUAAGUUGGUUCUUCAGUGAUUCUGAUUUUCUGGGGUUUACACCAUGGUGCUUCGAUUAGUAUAUGGACAAAGGAGGCAAGUUUUCACUGAUGCAGGGUCUGGAGGACACACGAGCCAUGAUGGUAGUUUGCAGAUGUCUUAUGUUGUGAUCUCAAAAUUUACAUCUGAUUUGUGAUGUAGUAUGAUUUGAUUGACUUCCCUGUAUGUUUAUGACAUGUAUGGCUAAUUAUAGUCUAUAUAGAUUUUUCAGUCUUACCUUAUCAAAAUGCUCUGUUACCAUUA